UCUGAUGCUGCACCAUUGUUCCCCGAACAGCAGGAAGGAGUGCUUGUUUAAGCUCUGCUGUAUGCGACAGCGGUGCCGGUCAGUCAGUCCGGUGCUACUCGGGGUCCGGUACCGGUUUAUUUAUUUUUUUUAUCGCUCCCACACUGGAGAAAAAAAAAACGCGACAUGGUUUAAGGGGGGAAACUGUGAAGUCCACUGAGAGAGGGGCGUCAUUGACUGACUGGAUACUGAUGAUAGUAACGAAAUGAAUGGGCCGAACUGGGUCGUUACAGUGUAACAUAUUCAUCCUAAGGUUUCUCAGAGACUAUGGGUUGAGGAGGAAUUGGAAGUUUGUCGGCCUAGACCUGGUGUCAUUCCAUCAGUGUUAAACUUCCCGGCUCACCUUUGAAGAGUAUGUGCCAGAAAGACCACGACCAAGCAGCCUUGAGAUCUUAGACAGCGUCUCCCUGAGGUGCAGAUGCGGCGGGCCAUGAGCGGAAUACUGAAGAGGAAAUUUGAGGAGGUGGAAGCCUCCUCCUCCCCGUGCUCUUCUGUGCGGGAGUCUGAUGAUGAGGUCUCCUGCAGUGAGAGUGGGGAUAGCAGCGACAGUGUCAACCCCUCUGCCUCGGGCCCUUUCACCCCUGACUCAAUACUGAAGAGGGAGAAGCGCCUGCGGACGAGGAGGGUGCAUUUUGAGAAUGUGACAGUGUACUACUUCAGCCGGCGGCAGGGCUUCACCAGCGUGCCCAGCCAGGGAGGCAGCACACUGGGCAUGUCCAACAGGCACAGCUGGGUCAGGCAGUACUCCCUGGGUGAGUUCGCCCUGGAGCAGGAGAGGAUCCACAGAGACAUGCUCAGAGACCACUUGAAGGAGGAGAAACUCACCUCUAUUAAACUCAAGCUGACUAAGAAUGGCACAGUGGAGUCUGAGGAGGCCAACACACUCACAGCCGAGGACAUUUCAGAUGAUGACAUUGAUCUGGACAACACAGAGGUAGACGAGUACUUCUUCUUGCAGCCUCUCACCACUAAAAAGCGCCGCACUCUGCUGCGCUCCUCUGGGGUAAAGAAGAUUGAUGUGGAAGAGAAACAUGAACUUCGGGCCAUUCGCAUGUCCAGAGAGGACUGUGGCUGUGACUGCAGAGUUUUCUGUGACCCAGAGACCUGUGCUUGUAGCAUCGCAGGGAUCAAGUGCCAGGUGGACCGUAUGUCAUUUCCAUGUGGCUGCACUAAAGAAGGUUGCAGCAACUCAACUGGAAGAGUGGAGUUUAACCCCAUCCGUGUUCGCACCCAUUUUUUGCACACUAUAAUGAAGCUGGAACUGGAGAAGAGUCGUGAGCAGCAGCAACCAUCCCCAACCAACGGUUACCGUAGUGAAACCAACGACCUGGGAGGUGGAAACCCUUUUGCUCAGUCGCAGCACCGGUUGGAGUACUCUCUGUCAGACGCUGUGCCGCAGACGACUACCAUGCACCUGCAGGCUGCAGACGAGAUGGAGGAGCCACUAGAUGACGAAGACGAGGAAGAAGACGAGGAAGACGACGAGGAGGAAGAGGAAAAUGAGGAAGAUGAGGAGGAUGAGGAGGACAGUAGCAGCGUUUGCAGCGGACUGUCUGACUCCAGCACCCAGAGCUUAGCUAACAGCGACUCUGAGGACGAGGAGGGGGAUGAUGAGGAUGAAGAGAAGUCUGAGAAUUUCGAGGACGAUAUGACGACCCCAGCGGUUUCUCAUACUGAAGUGGUGCCCUUGUCCUCUGUGCUGUGUUACAGCGAUGGCUCUGUGGCACAUGACAACCACAUAAAUGGAAACACUUACUUGAUGAACUCCUCCUCGGCUGAGUACUAUCAGCUGGGGAGCUCCAGUGCCGUCUCUAAUGGCCAACCCAGCCAACCCAGCCAACCCUACGGGGAAGCCUUAGCAUUCCAAGAUCCAGUUAGCACGACCAACGGCAGCGUGGCCCGGGGACCAUUCAACGUGACUGCUGAGCAGUACACAGACUACUCUAGUCAGCCUGAAGAACAGUACACAGCCAAUCACCAUUUCACUCUGACCAGUAGUGCUCCUGCCACCCCUUUGACCUGCUACACACCUGAUCAGAAGAAGAAGGUGUUGUCCAAGGCAGCGUUUGCCGAGCAGCCUGAGAAUCAGACACAGUUUCAAAACUACCUGAACAAUAACAAUCAGGGUUCCUACAGCACUCACAGCUCAUGUAUGACAGCUGAACAGCCACCACAAGAGUCAAAUCUUAAUGGACAUUCUGAUCUGACCUUACUAGCAAACACUACUAAGAACCUCCCUUUACCAGACCAUUGCCCUGAGGUCACAGCCAUUUAGUGGGCCUCACCUUUCUAAGUGUUCUUUCAUUAUUACGUCUUUACUUGAGCUUGACCAAGUGGUAUUCUAAGAGGACAUGAUCAUGGCCUUUUUGCAUUAUCUGACCUUAAAUUUCAAAGCAAUUUACAGCAACGUACUAGAUCUUCAUCUGUAACUAUAAAGCCAUAGGUUCAUAAUGGAAAUGGUUUUGAGGGAUUCUUCAGCCUUGAAGGUUUCUCCACUACAGCGUGCGCUUAAGCUGCAAAUUUGAACAGAUCAAAAACAUCACAACGUAAUUCACGUCAUGCUGUGCAAUGUAUCCUGUAAUUUCAGAUGUAAAGUUCUAGUUUUAAGCAGAUAUUGUACUGUAGAUGGAACUUUUCUAUGUCUACUGUAUGUGUCAAAUGUGCAAAAGAAGGUUUAUCGUCAGUUUAUUUAUUGUUUCUGAAUUAUGUGUAUACUUAUAUAUUGUAAAUGUUUUGAUAACAAUACGCAUGCUGUUUUGGGAAUCUCAGUGACAUUUCGGGGGAAAAAAAUGCCAUUGUUUUAUAUUUAAAAAAUGUGUUGUAGGCCCUAUACAUAAUGUACAUUUCUCUUCUUUUUGUCACAAUUAUAUGCUUUUCUAUGAUUUUGAAAAGCAUGAAAAAGCCUGAACUCUUAUUUGUAUGUUUGGAAUACAGUCAAAAUCAAUUCACAGCCUUUUGCACUUAUGUGUAGGGGUCCAGUGGCAUGCAGUUGGUUUUAAAUGACAAAUACUUGUCCCACUCACCCCCCACCUGCUCAUUACUACAGUAACACAAUUAACACACGUCGCUACAAAAGAAAGUCUAUUCUUUGAAGCAUUUCUUUGACACAGGGAUACUAAUAGAAUAAGAUUUUGACAUAUCUGUGACAAGUAUGAGAAGCUCUAUGAUUGAUCAUAGACAAAAUGACACCAGAUUUAUCAUGAAAUCAGCAGAAAUAGCCCAAUUUGAACAGUGACCAGUCCUGAUGACAGAAUAAUGUAACAGUACUGGUUAGAGGAUUACUGAAUGCAGUGUAAGCAACAUUUCACUAUCUAACAACUAUGAUGUUUAUUUAUGUGGAUCCCAUAGAGAUAUUGAUUUCUUCUAAUGAAGUGCAAUAGAUUGAUGGUUUUUAACAUUCUUUCUCUUCUAGAGAAAAUCCUCAAUAAAGUGGACUAAGAUAGCCUUUUAUUGAUGGUCACAGCACUUAAUAUUUGUAUUUAAAGCACCAUUGGAAUCAUUUAAAAUAUGCCACAGUUGUAGUAAUUGUAUAUGAGGUAAGCAAAUGUUCAAUGAUGACAAUCAAAGCUUAUUUUCAAACAAGUUUCAACUUAUGAGUAGUAAAAAGCCAGACGGUAUGACUCCCGAGUCCUGUGAGCCAUUUAAAAAAUCACUGAACAGCCAGAUAUGACAACUGUUUACCAAAAAUUUGUAAAUAACAUUUUGACACAUAUUUAUAAAAUUACUGACAAAAUGGAAAUUGAAGUGACUGCUCAACAAAUGGGGGACUGCAAUAAUUUAGUGAACAGUAACGCUGUACUGUUGAAGUUCUUUACCUUGAGCUCUUUGCUCCUGCAUGAAUACAGAUAUUUGCCCCUUUUCCAAGCUUGCAAAUAUCUACAACUUUAAAGCCAGAAGGUUUAGUACCAGAGCUUUGGUGGUUCUGUGUCACUGCUGAGUAGCUGAGACCUCUCAUGCCGCUGUUGUUGGACAUAGAAGUGUACAGACUGCUUUCAGGCAAUCAGUGGCAUCAACAUAGCCUAUAGUACAGAUUAAAUGUGCCAAAGCAUUCAGUGUGAGAAGGCUAGAUACAGUGACACUGCAUCCAGUUAGGAAUCCUGUGUUUCAUUUUUAUUUUCCAGUAUUUAUUAUGAAUGAUAUAUUGAAAUGUGUAUUUAUUGUGGUUUACUAAAAGUCUGUAUUGAGUAAAUUGCUUCACUAUCUUAAAACUGUCUUUUGUUUCAUGCUGGUUGUGAGUUGUAAAGCUUCAUGUGCCUGAUUUAUUUAAUUCUAUUUCAUAUUCUGUGAAAUGCAUACGUUUUGCACAAAAUGGUUGAGAUUUUUUCAAUGUGUUUGGUUUUGGACUGUAGAUAGAGCCAACUUCAUUUUCAGUAGUUUCAUUUUAACAUGAUUUUGAAAUAAAUUUUAUUAAAAUUUC